AUGUAUUUACUUCCACAGAAUGAUUCUGAACUGAAGUGGAGAUUGGAACCAUCAUCUUAUGGCAGUUUAUGCCCAAAUUGUCAACCUGAGAUAAUCAGUGAUCAGAUUUUUAAUAAUGCUAGAAUCCGUAUACGUCUGGUAUCUGGAUUCGAUGAAGCAUUGAGUAGUUGCGUCCAGUCAAAACUCACCUCUGUUCAGGAAUCCUUGAAUUGUGUGCCACAGGAUUUUCAAACUGACACAGAAAUUUGUGCUCAACCAACAACUGACAUCAUAAUUCCGAACAAUUCUGAUCAGGAAAUGGAUAAGUUGAGAGAAAUAAAAGAUUAUUUCAAUAAACAAUGUAAUAAUUUAGAAUUAUCCAAUUCUGUUAACAAAGAUAUCACUCCACGUCUUUCAUCAGAUAAUGAAACUAGUCUAAUAGACCAAUUACAUCCAUCAUCUAAUCAUCAUCAGCAUCAACAUGUGCUCUAUGAUAAUACAAAUAGUCAAUUAUCUAAUCAACAUUUAGAGUCUUCAUCUACAAAUUAUAUUAGACGUUCUUCUCGUCAACGUUUUAAUCCUAAAGAUUUAUUGAUCAAAGUGAAUAGUAGUGAUACUCUUCUUAAUGUGAAAGUACAAAUUAUGCAAAAUUUAGGUGUUAUCCCUUCCGAUCAACAUAUUAUGUUAAAUGGUCUAGAACUUACUGACCAUACGAAAACAUUACAAGAGUUAAGUAUUUGUUCCAAGACUAUUCUUUACUUAUGGUCAGAUGAUCCAACAUGGAAUCCUAAUCGAACAAGUUUUGAUAAUGGUACAUUCAAGUUAACGACACAAAAGUUGAAAUCAAAUAGUCCAUGUAAAUCAAACCCUGAAUCAAUUCAUACAGAAUCAGGAUUCAAAGGAACCCGACUGCUUGAAUUUUAA